GGCACUAAUUGUUAUCAUGAUUCGACCUACUGAAAGCUACUUGCGCCAGGCAUCGCACAGAUCGGCCCUGGGCCCCCUCUCGCCUGGGUAACCGGCACAUCUCCCGGGGACUGUCAUUGGUUACGCCCUCUACUUGACAUCCCACCGCUGGCCUCGGGCUCGGGGCCAAGCAACAUGACUUGCCCUCAUCCUACCCCAUGGUCAAGGCAAGUGGAUGCCAGUGGGCCAUUCUUGCCAAAAUGCUGCUACUUUUCGGUCUCUCCCGCCCCUAGAGCUGCUGCUUUCCCUCUGAAGCCCCGCUUGCUGGCGACUCGGCGUUAGCCUUGAAUUUAUAAUCCGCUCGUAGAUUUUUCUCCUUAUAAUGCAGGACUCCUUCCUGCGGGUCACUCAAUCGGCCUGCUUCUCUCUUUUGGGGCUUCGUUGACAGGCCCUCCGUACCAUCUGUUCUUGAGGGACUCUUUUCCUCGAGCGAUAGCCAGUGUCUGUCCGAUACGCCAAAACGGGAAAGAUGGGUACGACUAAUCUGGAUACAGAGAAGAAGGUCGUUGCAGACACUUCAAUCAUCAACGAUGAGGAAAAUCAGAAUUCCUCGGGGAUCAACUCCCCUGUUGAGAAGGCCCUCGAGGAGGUCACGUUCGACACGGGUUUCUUCUCAUGGCUGCAGGUCUUGGGUUCGUUCUUCCUUUUUUUCAAUUCAUGGGGUGUGAUCAACACUUGGGGUGCAUAUCAAACAUACUACGAGCAAAAUCUAUUAGCCGGCACUUCGUCAUCCACCAUCGCAUGGAUUGGAUCGCUGCAGUCGUUCCUUCUCAUGAUGAUUGGUGUCAUUACGGGCCCUCUCUUCGAUGCGGGUUAUUUCCGCGGGCUACUCUGCUUCGCCAAUUUCAUGCUGCCCUUCGGUCUCAUGAUGACCAGCCUCGCGACCAAGUACUGGCACCUGAUCCUCACCCAAGGUAUCUGUGUGGGACUAGCGGCCGGAUGUAUGUUCGUCCCAUCGGUUGCCAUUCUACCCCAGUACUUCCGUCAAAAGAGAGGACUUGCCAAUGGUCUUGCUGCCAGUGGUAGCAGCAUCGGUGGUGUAGUUUACCCCAUCAUGUUCAACCAGCUACAGAAUAAGGUUGGAUUUGCCUGGGCGACUCGUGCACUUGGAUUUCUCUGCUUCGGAACCACUUUGAUCUCUGUGAGCAUCAUGCGCAUUCGGUUUCCGCCAAAGGAGAAGCGCAAGCUUUAUCAACUCUCUGCCUUCAAGGAGCCUGCAUACUGCCUGUUUACCGGAGCAAUGUUCCUGGGAUUCCUGGGAUUCUACAACUUCCUUUUCUACGUGCAGUCCUACGCUAUCGAUACGGGUAUUGUCGAUGGCAAUCUAGGCUUCUACCUACUUUCCAUGCUGAACGCGGCCUCGACCUUUGGCCGUAUUGGGCCUAACUUCCUCGCUGACCACGUUGGCCCGCUCAAUAUGCUCACACCCGCUGUGACCAUUACGUCCGUCUUAGCCUUUGCGUGGAUUGGAGUGCACACUUUGGGCGGUAUCAUCGUUCUUACUGUCCUCUAUGGGUUCUUCUCUGGCGGAUUUGUCUCCCUCCCUCCAGUGGUUAUGGCCAGUAUGACACCCGACGUGCGCGAUCUUGGAACUCGCCUUGGAAUGGUCUUCGCCGUCACAUCCAUUGGUCUAUUGAUUGGUACCCCAAUUGGCGGUGCCAUCUUGGCUGACACGAACAAGUAUCUCGGUGUUCAGCUGUUUACUUCUUGCUGCCUUAUCGCAUCUGCGGGCCUCAUGGCUACCUUGAGGUUCGUGCGAUCUGGUCCUAAGCUUCUCUGCAAGACCUGAGAUCGGUCUUCUUGGAUCAAUAUGUGAAGAGUGUGUUGCGGAUUCCUUUGCGACAACGAAGCAUAUUCACUAUCAGGGCCUCGAUCAAAACCCUCGUCCUGCCCGCUGUAGCCAGGCUGAGACGAGUCCAUCUCGCCAUCAACCACAAAAUACUCGGCCCUCCGUCUGUCGGGGGAUUUCAAGUAAGAUCUCCACUAUUCAAGGCUUAUAUCUCGACCUACAGGAUCACUUUCCUUGUGCGAGCAUUGUGCGAUCUCGCAUUGUUCAUGGAAGCAUCCCACACCAGGACAUUCUACUUUUAGUCCCCACUAGGACAGAUUACCGGCAUACGGUUCUAUGAAGGAUUACAGCUGUUGUGAGCUAUGCCAUCGCAUAGCGCCUACGACCUUCUCAAUAAUAACAUAAAUCAAUAC